CUCUACCAUCUUCAAACUCAAAUUGCUCAAGAGUCUUCUUUUAUCACUUAUCAUGGCUUCUAUCCCUCCCUGCAAAUAUGAUGUCUUUAUUAGUUUUAGAGGUAAAGAUGUCCGUUAUGGUUUUCUCUCCCAUCUCUCUUCAGCCUUGCAUCAAAAACAAAUCCAUGCCUUUACGGAUGAAAACCUUCGUAAAGGAGAAGAUAUCUCACCAGCUCUCUUGAAAAUAAUUCAAGAAUCAUCUGUCUCAAUUGUUAUUUUCUCUGCAUAUUAUGCUGAUUCUCCCUGGUGCUUGGAUGAGCUUGUGAAGAUACUUGAGUGCAAGGAAACCUUAGGACAAUUAGUCCUACCAGUUUUUUACCAAGUAGAUCCGACUGAUGUUCAAGAGCUGACAGGGAAUUUUGGAAAGGCAUUUACUCUUGCUAAGCAUGGCGAACAAGUCAAAGGCCGUUUAAACAAGGUGGACGAAUGGAAGCAUGCUUUGAUUGAAAUAAGCAACUUAUCAGGAUGGGAUUCACGAAAUAUCAAGUAUGAAUCCAAAUUAGUUGAAGAAAUCGUCAACGAUGUUUUGAAGAAAUUUAGUCAUAUGUCUUCAAGUGAUGAUGCUUAUGAUCACAAUUUUGUUGGAAUUGAUUCACGUGUGAAAAAAGUGGAAUGGUUGUUAAAUGACAAGCGAGUUAUAGGAAUUUGGGGGAUGGGAGGCAUUGGUAAAACAACCAUUGCGCAACAAGUGUUUCGUCGAAACAUGACUAAAUUUGAUGGUCAUUGCUUUGUUGACAAGGUUAGAGAAACAAUGACAAAGCAACCACCAAUUGUUGUACGAGACAAUAUCAUUUGUCGAUUGUUAAGGGAAAGAAAUUUAUAUGAAGACGCAUUGAAUUUGGAUGUUUUUAUUAGGAGAAGGCUCCACAGUAAAAAGAUUUUCAUUGUUUUUGAUGAUGUUGAUGAUCCAAAUCAUUUAAAAAGUUUAGUAGGAGAGUGUGACUUGUACCAUGAAGGAAGUAGAAUCAUUAUAACUAGCAGAGAUUGGCAAGUACUUAAAAAUUUUUGUUCAAAGGAAUGCAUAUAUGAGGUUGAGAAAUUAAGUGAUUCUGAAGACAUUGAACUCUUUAGCUUGCAUGCCUUCAAACAAAAUCAUCCUAAGGAAGGAUAUGUGGAGCUAUCAAAGGAGGCAACAACUUAUGCCGGGGGGAGUCCAUUAGCUCUUAUAGUUUUGGGAUCUCAUUUAUUUGACUUGGGAAUAGAAGAAUGGAAAAGUGAAUUGGGAAAAUUAAAAGGGGAAUCUCUUAGGAAAAUUCAAGAUGUUCUGAGAAUAAGUUAUAAUGGACUAGAGAGGAAUGAAAAGAAAAUAUUUCUUGAUAUUGCAUGUUUCUUCAAAGGGGAAUAUAAAUAUCACGUUGAGAGAAGAUUAGAAGGAUUUGGUUUCUUUCCAAAAAGUGCAAUGCCUCGUCUAAUUAAUAAAACUCUCAUUAAUAUUGCAUGCGGAAAGGUAGAUAUGCAUGACUUGCUACAACAAAUGGGUAAGGAUAUUGUUAUUGAGGAGUGCAAACAGCCUGGAGGACGUAGUAGGUUGUGGAAUCAUGAAGAUAUUCGUCAUGUAUUGACAACAAAUACGGGAACCAAAAAUGUUGAAGGCAUAUUACUUGAUAUGUGUGAGAAGGAUAAUUUGGAGCUAAGUUCCACAGCCUUCAUGAAGAUGUGCAAUCUUAGAUUCCUUGAAGUAAGGAAUAGUUGGGCAAGAGAACGAGUGCUCCUUCCUAACAACCUUAAAUUUCUUCCAAAAGAGCUAAGGUAUCUUUCUUGGAAAAAUUAUCCUUUGAAAAGUUUGCCGUUAAAUUUUUGGCCCAAGAAUCUUGUAGAACUUUACAUGCAUGACAGCAACCUCAUAGAACUUUGGAAUGGCGAUAAGCCUCUUGAAAAUUUGAAAUUAAUGGAUCUCAGCUACUCUGAGGACUUAAUCAGGAUUCCAGACUUACCGAGUACUGCUCCAAAUCUUGAGUUUUUAUAUUUGAGGAUCUGUGAAAAUUUGGUUGAGAUUCCCUCAUCUCUUCAAAAUCUAAGCAAGCUUGUUGAGCUAGAUCUACGUGGGUGCUACAAUAUCACAGAUUGUCCGGAGAUUCCGUGUAACAUAAGGAUUCUAACAUUAGAUAGCACUGGAAUAGAACAAUUGCCCUCAUCAAUUGAGCAUCUAUCUCAACUUGUCAAAUUAUCUUUGAAAAGAUGUAAAAGACUUGUGAGUAUUCCAAGCAGCAUUGGCGGAUUGAAAUGUCUUGAAGCACUUUAUCUCAAUGGAUGUUCAAGACUCGUGGGCAUUCCAAGCAGCAUUGGCGAGUUGAAACGUCUUGAAAAACUUUAUCUCUAUGGAUGUUCAAGACUCAUGAGUAUUCCAAGCAGCAUAGGGAAGUUGAAAUGUCUCAAAGAAUUUCCCCUCUAUGGAUGCUCAGAACUGCUAAGUCUACCAGAGAGUAUCAAACAACUUUCUAAGUUGAAAUGCCUUGAUUUAAGAGGUUGCAAGAGACUUAAAUGUUUACCAGACCUUCCAUCAUACUUAAAAGACUUAAAUGCGUCAGAUUGCACGUCUCUGGAAUCUGCAUCAACUUCUUUCCUUUUCGUAGAACAUGCAGAUGAAAAUAAAGAUGAAGAUUAUUUCGCAGAUCUUAAAUUUCUCAUGCUUGUUGGUUGCGUCAAUCUGGAUAAGAAUGUUAUGGAGGAUGUAUUGGAAGCACAUCUGUUGGGUCAGGAUGUUGUUUUAUAUAUGGCAGGAUGUGAAGUGCCGCAAGGGAUGAGAUAUAAGAAUAACAGUGGGUCCUCGCUUUCAUUCAGACUUGACCUACAUCGCUUAAUUGCUUUCUCUUUUUGCACUGUUUUUCAUACCACAGAUUAUAUUCGCCUUACAUGUAGAGUGGAUUUUACCGACAAAUCUGGACACAGGCAUGGCAUUGAUUUCCAUUAUUGGACGAAGUUGGAUUAUAAUUAUUCAACAGAACAAAUGUUGCUUUGGUUCAAUCAUAAUAAAUUCGACUCCGUUGAUAAAGAGUGUUUCGUUGAGGCCUCCUUUCACUUCUCCAGUCCCAAUUGCUCUUUAAUGAAGUGUGGAGUCGAUCCUAUAUAUAGAUGAGAUAGUUUUAGUAGAAAUAAAAAGGAAAGCCGAAAUGCAGAGCAACCCCAUCAGCAUCAGGAUGACAAGGAACACCUACCAGCUCUUCAAAGAUUAAGAGAAGAAGAAUCAAUUGUGCGGAGGAAGAAAAGGAAGAGGAGUCAUCUGCACUCAAUCUGAACCUCUCUCUAUCUCUCACUGAUUCCUCUUAAUAAUUCUCUGCUCGAAUCUACUCACGUUCACAUGCAACAGGAGAGAAGUGGAACUUCACACACCAUUCACAAAAGCAGGUAUGUUCUUGAUCGUGUUGAAGAGCUAAAAUCAUUGACGCGGAUUGCCUUAGUGCGCAGAAAGGGGUCUUAAGGAGGGUGACAAAAUCAUUUUGACAAGGGAAGUUGAUGAAAGCUAAAACAGAAUUAGAGCUGAGAAAAGAAUAAGGGGCUUGGAAAGGAUCCCUGUCGCAUGACCAUGAUGGCCUUCUCUGUAAGGUUGAUGUUUUUUUUUUUAAAGAGAUAAAUUUGGAUUUCAUUAAUAAGAAAACGGCUUCUCUGUAUUGGGCUGAGCCUUCUCUGUAAGUUUAAAAGAUGAGUAUUGUGAGUGUUACAUAAUUCCUAAUUAAGUCUACAGAUGAAAUAUUAAAAUAUUAAGAGAAUCUAUAGAAUUUGUAAUAGCAAUUGAAAAAUGAAAGAUCGAAAAUUGAGCGAUUCUUAUGAUCAAGCAGCAACCCGAACCUCCCUACAGGACCCAUUCCUUGGCCCUGGUUGCGCAGACUGCUGCAAGUCAUGACCUUCUUCUGCCUCCAUUUUGAGUCAUUAAUCUUGGAAGGUGUCAGGUAAUUACUGCUAAUUAUAAGGAGAAUCGAAUAUAGUUAUUAAUUAGUGCUUGUAAAGGAUAGAUGGGUUUAUAUUGCACAAAAUCAAUUAAUUAGCGUCAGAAUUCACACUUCUCUAUUUAAAAAUGACUCCACUUUUUCAUAUUUAUUUCAUGUGGGAUAUCUUUUACCUUCAUAUUUAGAUCUAUUCAUGAAUCUUCAAUAAAAAUUUGAUACAAAAUCACAGCAAAUAAAGGUUUGGGUAAGAUAAUUAACUAACCAUUAGCUUGUUAAUUCGGAUUAGUCAUGGCUACUAUUCGUGUGUUUCGAAAUAUUGUAAUUAUUAUCUGUCCUGUAUUAAUUGCGUUCAAGUGUCAACUGAUUUAAGUCCAG